AUGCGUUUUACCCAUCUGCUACCACUAGGCCUGGCAGCCUACGUCUCUGCCCAGUCGCUAGCCAGCAUUCUUGCGAACAAUAAUGCCACGCUGAGCACACUAACCAGUCUCCUUGCCCUUGUGCCCGAUGUCGUCCAGACGCUUUCCACAGCCAAGAACAUUACCAUCCUAGCGCCUUCAGAUACCGCCUUUGCCAACCUAAUGGCGAGAAAUCCGAGGUCGGCAGAGUUGAUGAGAAAUCCCAGGGCACUGGCGGGCGUACUCCAAUACCAUGUCCUAAUGGGAAGGUUACUGUCGAGUGACUUCUCGCCAACGCCAAAGUUCCCGUCGACUCUGCUUAAAACCCCAUUUACCAAUGUCACCGACGGCCAAAAGGUUGGCUUGGUCAUGGUGAAUGGUACGGCAAAGGUGUUCUCAGGGUAUAAGCAGGUUGCUACAGUCGUUACAGCGGACGUAGAUUUCGACGGCGGCAAUGUCGUACACAUCAUCGACACCGUCCUCACCGUUCCUGCGAACCCGUCGCAGACGGCCAUAAAUACGGGCCUCACCUCGCUCGCCGGUGCGCUGACGGCCGCCGGGCUGGUCGGCGGCGUGAACGCCCUCACGGACGUCACCAUCUUCGCCCCGUCCAACGACGCGUUCAGGACAAUCGGGUCCGCGCUCGGGACGCUAGCGGUGCAAGACCUCGCCGACAUCCUAGGCUACCACGUCCUGGCGCGGCAGCAGCUGCGGUUCAGCACCGACUUGCUGACUGCUGACCAGAUGACGCUCGCGACGCUGCAGGGCCAAAACAUUACGGUCCGCAGGGACGGCUCCCAGGUGUUUGUCAACUCGGCGAAGGUGAUUCUCGCGGACAUAUUGACUAGUAACGGGGUGGUUCACGUAUUGGAUAACGUUCUCAACCCCUUUAAUUCUUCCGCUACCCCCGAUACGGCUGCUCCAACUCAGGCACCGGCGUUUUCUGGCGUCACUGCUGUCUCUGAUGCCCCCUUCACGUCGGGGAUUUCGCCUACAACGACUUUCGUUCCUGCUACUAUACCCCUAAACGGGGGCGUCCCCACCUUCGCCCUCAAAAAGCGCAAAAUCCUCGCCCACCUCGCCGUGCCCGACGCCGAGUACACCGACGCCUCGCCCAAGGGCUCCGUCGACGCCGGCAUCCGCCAGCUGAUCGACCGGAUCAACAACAAUCGCAACGGCGGCGACGACGAUGCGCGCGCGGGCCUGGUCACGACCAGCAGCUGCGCGGGGCGCGUCAGCGUGUACCUCGAGGGACGCAAGGCCUGCUGCCCGCCGCCUCCGUCGUCGUCGGGUGUGGAUGGGGGGUUGGUGGGUGGUGGUGAUGGUGGUGUGGGUGGUGGUGGUGGUGGUGCGAGUUCCGCGGGGGGGAAGGGCGGCGGGGAGUGGUUGUUUGUGUCGCAUGAUCCGGUGGAGGGCGGGGGUCAAGAUGGUGAUGAUGGUGGUGGUGGUGAGGGGUACGAGAGGUUGCUUUUGGGCCUUGAGCCGGCAGCCGCAGUAGCUGGGGAAGAAGCAGGCGCAAGGCAAGCGGCACUGACGGGGUCGUCACGAUUGAUUCAUUUCAAGUUCGAGCCCAUGAUCUUGCACGUUUUGACCGCUUCACUGGAGCACGCACAACUGGUUAUCCAGGCCGGGAUGGAGGCCGGUUUCCGUGAGUCGGGAGCUGUUAGUCUGCUUCCGCGGCAGCCGGACGAGGAGGUAACGCCCAUGGUCGCUGUGCGGUCGAUGGGAUUAUCAUUUGAGUCCUUGAUCGGGGCCGAGACAGACGGCGUUCGCCAGUUGGUUGUGUCACCACAGUACCUGAAAACACUCGUGCGAAUAGCCAAUGAGCGAUUUGUCGAGAAUGAGAAGAGGAUAGCCAGGUUUAGUGCCGCGCUGGAUGCAGCUUUCGCCCCCCCUAAGGGAAAAGAGAACUGGGAGGAUGCUCAGGCGAGAAAAGAGCGCAAGCGGCUGGAGGGACUUAAGCGACGAGAGGAACUAAAGAAAGACAAGAGCGGGGUUUCGGGCGAGGCCAGGGAAGACUUUAUAGUUCAACAACCUGGCGAUGUUUGA